GUACGAUUUUCGCCGGCGACGAGCACAUAUAUAAGUGAUCUGACGGGCAGACGCCGACCGUUCGCAAUCUCCCUCUCCGGUCUCUUCUCUGGAUCGGAUUCCGCCAUGGACGACCUGCCUCUCCAGAAGAUCGCGAUCUCCGGCCCCACCCUCUCCUCCCUCCUCCAGCGCGUCUCCUCCUCCCCCGCCGACGCCGACGGCCUCCUCUUCGGCCACGUCUCCCCCGUCGCCCCCUCCGCCCUCUCCGACGACCCCUCCUCCGCCGCCUCCUCCGCCGCCGCCGCCUCCGACGACUCCUCCGCCGCCCUCGUCGCCACCGUCACCUCCUUCCUCUGCCCCGGCUGCCCGCUCUCCUUCUUCGACCCCCUCGGCCGCCUCCUCUCCCCCUCCCCGCCCCUCGUCCUCCUCCACCACCACCGCUCCCACCACCGCCUCAUCGGGUGGUUCUCCUCCCGCCGCCGCUCCCGCCUCCAGCCCUCCAUGCGCGAAUUCAGCGUCGCCGCCUCCCUCUCCUCCGACCCCUCCCUCUCCUUCCCGAUCGGCGCCUCCGAUCGCUUCUCCCCGCGCGUCUUCCUCCUCUUCUCCACCCCGCCCCUCGACUCCGCGAUCCACACCCACGAGUACCGCGCCUUCCAGUUCCGCACCGCGGCGGAGACCUUCGAGCCGAGGUCGGUCGACGUCGUCAACAUCGGGCCGGGGUUCCGCGGCCAUUACGGGAACUUCAGCCCGAGCUCGUCGUUCCCGUGGCUGGCCUGCGACGUGAGGGGGCCGUCGAUGAUGCAGGAGGACGGCAAGGAAGAGCGCUUGAGCGAGAUGAGGCAGGUUGCGAAGAACCAGAACGAGAUUGAUUUGAUAGAGCACUUGAGUGAGAUGAGGCAGGCGGCGAAGCACCAGAACGAGAUUGAUUUGAUCGCCGAGGGUUUUCCGGUCGCGAAAUUGGGCAGGCUAAUGGGGCCGGAAGCUAGUAACUACACUGCUGGGUUGGAGGAGUUGUAUGAGAAGAUGUUGACGAAGAUUGACAGCUUGGCCAGGCUCGUUGAGGAGAGCUCUGCUCAGGUCCAUGAGAUGGAGCAACAUAAUUCGAAGUUGAGGGCGGAAGUUGCUGGGAUCAAGAGGGUGGUCGAUGGCUAGUGUAGAGAGAAGUGCAUGAUGUUGCUGAUGUGUGGAAGGUGGCGGAAAAAGGUUUUGAAGGCCCUGCGACCGUUUAGUGGUAGAAGAUGCCUGAUGCAUUAGUAUAUAUACAGGGGACUUGAAGCUAGGUGGAUGGUUGAUGUGGAGGUGCUGCGGCCGAUGCUCUAUUUAAUCGGUCGAAGAGAAGAUUCAGCAACCUCCAUAUUAGAAAUGCGAUAACGACUUGGUAUUUUUCUGCAUUUUGCUUCAAGUCUAUUGUAUCUUCUGGGAAUUAAUUAAUUAUGACCCUCCACAAUUAUGGUAAAGUGGUUGAAGAUGAUUUAAAACCUAAA